AUGGCCGCCGUCAAUGAUGUUGAGCGUAACGACGAUAUACACCGUCCCAGCGUCGCGAUGCCUCAGCCUUUUCCCUCGCAAAUACAGACCACGUCACCGGCUGCGAUGGACAUGGUCCCUGAUUCAACACUGGCGAUUGCAAUCGACCCAAUCGCCCUCAUUACGCAAGAAUGCAUAACGAUCACGUCUGCCAUGCGGAAACAUGCCCGCUGGGCGCAGUCUUCGGUGUCUGCAAUUCUGGGUGGAGGGGCUACAAGAUUGCAAGAGAAGGACUUUCUACGCUCAUCCUCGCAGAGUCGCCGGAGCAAAGGGCCGGUGAUUCUGGAUCCUGGCAUGGCCAGGCUGAACGUCCCCACCACCUCGGACGAUGAAAACUCCAGCCUGGCCAGUCGAUGGGGCCUACGAGGUCGGAAGGGCAAGAGCAUGCAGGAUAACCCCUUGUUGACUGCCUUUGCGCGUCUCAGAAGAGACCUGGCUGGCUGCCGAGACGUGGCUGUCGUGGAUGCUCCCGAAUUGUUACACCCUUUCCUGCAGGUCAUACGCAGUUCCUCGACGAGCGCCGCGAUUACUAGUCUGGCGGUGAUAUCAAUCACAAAGUUCUUUGCGUACAAUAUCAUCACGGUUAGGUCGCCACGAAUCUCUCAGGGUAUGCACCUUCUCAGUGCGGCAAUCACCCAUUGCCGGUUCGAAGCUAGUGACACGGCGGCGGAUGAGGUGGUCCUACUGCGCAUUCUCAGGCUCAUGGAGUUAAUCAUAUCAAGGCCGGAGGGCCAGCUGCUGGGCGACGAAAGUAUCUGCGAAAUGAUGAGCACCGGGUUAAGCAUGUGCUGCCAGUCAAGGCUGUCAGAGGUACUCAGACGGUCUGCUGAGAUGGCCAUGGUCACCAUGUGUCAGGUGGUGUUCAGCAGACUGAAGUCCCUGAAGGUGGAAGAGAUACCGAAGUCAAGGAGCCGGUCGAAUACGAGAACAACUCUGCUCAGUACCACCGAAGAAUUGAAGAUUGAACCGCCUAUGACGGGCAGCGUCAUGGGCAAUGGUGAACUAGAGAGACCGAGUGUUGAUGUUGAUGGGCGAUCCAGUGUCGAAGACGGUACUGGAUCCAAGAUUUCCAAAGAUCCGCAGAAUACCACGGCACCGGCGAGGGAAGAUGAGUUCGAUAGCGUGGAGCCAUACGCCCUACCGUCAAUCAAAGAGCUCUUCCGGGUUCUAAUCGACCUUCUAGAUCCACACGACAGAACACAUACAGACGCGAUGCGAAUCAUGGCCCUGAGAAUCAUUGACGUUGCCCUUGAAGUUUCUGGGCCUUCAAUAGCGAAACAACCUGUUCUGGCAGCACUAGUCCAGGACGACCUUUGCCGCCAUUUAUUCCAGCUCGUCCGAUCGGACAAUAUGGUCCUUCUGAACAGCUCUCUACGAGUCGCUGGAACAUUGCUGGCUACAUGUCGACAAUUGCUUAAGCUGCAGCAAGAGCUGUUCCUUUCCUACUUGGUCGCUUGCCUGCAUCCUCGUGUGGAUAUUCCCCAAGAACCAGGAAUCGAUCCGUCGCUGUAUGAGGGUGUGCCCCAGUCUCCUAAACUGGUGAAACCAGCACCAUCGCAGCCGAGCAGCGGUCGGUCAACCCCGGUACCGAUUAAGGAUAGGCAAAAGCUGGGACUAGAGGGUGGUACUAGGAGGCCGGAAGCCAGAGAAGCAAUGGUUGAAAGUAUUGGCACCUUGGUCCGCAUCCCUGGCUUUAUGGUGGAGCUCUUCCUCAACUAUGACUGCGAGGUCGACCGGCAAGACCUCUGCGAAGACAUGGUUGGACUUCUUUCAAGGAACGCCUUCCCAGACUCCGCUACUUGGAGUACUACAAAUGUGCCACCACUGUGUCUGGACUCAUUGCUGAGUUUCGUGCAGUUCAUUGCCGAGCGGCUUGAUCAGGAACUGCCAGCAUGGGCGCAUGAGCGGAUAGACACUUUACGUUUGCAGCGAGCAAGGAAGAAGAUUAUCAAAAGUGGUGCGUCCAAGUUCAACGACGAUCCGAAAGCAGGAGUGGCAUAUCUGGUCAGGAACGGCAUCAUAGCAAAUCCAGAUGAUCCUAUACAGGUGGCUCAAUUUUUGAAAGGCACCUCUCACGUUUCCAAAAAGGUGCUAGGAGAGUUUUUGACGAAGAAGUCGAAUGAACCACUGUUGAUAGCAUUCAUCGGGUUGUUUGACUUUGAAGACAAACGCAUCGACGAAGCUCUUCGGGAAGUGUUGGGAUCGUUCCGUCUUCCUGGUGAAGCGGCACUUAUCGAACGAAUCGUCAACAAUUUUACCGAAAAGUACUGCAGCACCGUCGCACCCGAGGAGAUUGCAGAUAAGGAUGCUGCCUUUGUCCUGGCCUAUGCGAUUAUCAUGCUGAACACCGAUCUCUACAAUCCUAACGUUGCAAAGACACAGAAGCGAAUGUCUUACGAGGACUUUGCGAGGAAUCUUCGGGGCGUCAACGCUGGGAAGGACUUCUCCCCGGAACUGCUGCAGGAUAUAUACGACGCCAUUAAAGAGAACGAGAUCAUUCUCCCGGACGAGCACGAAAACAAACAUGCCUUUGAGUACGCUUGGAAGGAACUCUUGCUGAAGACGCACGACGCCGGAUCUUUGGAGUUGUGUGACACCAACGCUUUCGACGCAGAAAUGUUCAAAGCUACUUGGAAACCGAUAGUGGCGACUCUGUGCUAUGUCUUCAUGUCAGCUUCCGAUGACGCUGUUUUCUCCCGAGUUGUGGUUGGAUUCGACCAAUGCGCGCAGAUAGCGGCAAAAUAUGGGAUUACUGAAGCCUUUGACCGCAUUGUCUACAGCGUCAGUCACAUCAGCGGAUUGGCUGCAGAAGUUCCUCCCAGCACCUCCUUGAAUACUGAAGUGCAAGUUGGGAAGAAGAGAAUCAUGGUCAGUGAAAUGGCCGUGAGGCUCGGACGAGACUUUCGCGCCCAGUUAUCGACCGUGUUACUAUUCAGAAUAUUACAGGGUCAUGAAGAUGCCGUCGGCGAGACUUGGAUUUACGUCGUGCGCAUUUUGAGGAACCUGUUUGUCAACUCCCUCAUCACGUUACCAAAGUUUGAGCAAAGCAGGUUUCAAAGCCUUGGCCAGAUACCUUUACAACCACCAUCACAAGUCAUCGACCGAGAUGGCCGACUCAGCGAAAGCGGCAUCUUCUCGACGUUUACCUCCUACCUCUCAAGCUAUGCCGCCGACGAUCCACCAGAGCCCUCGGAAGAAGAGCUGGAGAAUACACUUUCAUGUGUUGACUGUGUGAAGGCAUGUCGACCGGACAACGUCCUACAACAUGUGGCCUCACUUCCUACUUUCCAAAUCAAAAGUGUCGUGUCCACUCUUCUGUCUCAGAUGGAAGAACUGUCGCCAGUCGUGACCGUCAAGCCUGAACGCCCUAUCCCUGUUACUGUCAGGGUCAAUGGCCACCGAAUGCCAAAAGCUGGUCCCGAGUAUGACCCUGGCUCCGUUUUCCUACUUGAGCUCGCGACGCUGCUUACACUAAGAGACGACGAAACGAUCGCAGCGGCCGGAGAGCAACUCACCGGCUCCUUACAGAAUGCAGUCAGAGACGCCUCAAAUCUCCAUCCUCUCGCAGCGUCAAGGGUCGUGCAUUAUCUUCUUGAAUUAUUGCGGUAUAGCUACACCUACGACUUUAUGCGUGCCCCCGUCGUACUCCACGCGAUUUCAAGCUUCGAUGACGCUGUGCUUGACCGAACGGCCUCGACUAUAAUACAAGGGCUCUCUAAUGCCAUUGGUGGUCCUUCUGCACUGCGAAACGAGAUCACGAAAUCCCCCGACUUCUGGUCGACGUUACAGCGACUGCACCAGCACAAAACAGAAGCCGAGCGUGUAUUUGACAUUCUAACCCUCCUUUCUUCUCCGUCUCCGAGCAAGGCACAAGACCAACAAGCUCUGACCGCAGAUAAUUUUGAAUCAGCCAUUUCCCUUGCAAACGACUUUGCAUCUGCCGGCUCAAUCGGCUCCAUCCAAGAAAAGCGCCGUGACUUUGCUGCGAAACACGGCCGGCAAGCCAAGCCUGCAAAACCGGAAGACAUUGCGAUUGUCCAGCGGGCGAACAAAGCCAUCGGGUUGAUCUAUCAGCUGACCGGUCGUGUCCCGGGUCUGAUCGACCAGAGUCAUCUGGAGAGGAAUGAGGCUUGGGCUGCAUACUGGAGUCCGAUCUUUCGAGCCCUGUGCGCACAGUGUGUGAAUCCGUGUCGCGAAGUGAGACAUCGUGCACUGUCGGCUCUGCAGCGUACGUUGCUAUCCGAGAUGGUGGCGGAUGAGAAAGGCAGGGCGAAGAAGGACCUACAUACCGAAUGGACGGCCAUAUUCGACGAGGUAUUAUUCCCGUUGACGCUUAGGUUGCUGAAGCCCGAGAUAUACCAGUUGGAUCCGCCCGGCAUGAACGAGACGCGAGCACAGAUGGGCGGCUUACUCUGCAAGGUCUUUCUAAGGUAUCUCGACAGGCUGAACGAGAUCCCAGUGGUUCUUCCUCAUAGCGAAGAUGAUGAGGGGGAAGAAGGAAAUGGAGAGGAUGAACAGAAAAGUGAUGAGCAAGAUGAUGAUGAAGACCAGCAGCGGCAGCAGCAAAAGACCACCGCCACCACCACUACAGCAAAAGGUGGCCAACAAGGCAGUGGCAGUGGCAGUGGCAGUGGCAACAAAAUGACCGACGUCUGGAUCAAGACCCUCGAGCUUCUCGACCGCCUGAUGAAUGCCGGGACUGUGGUCGAACAGCAAGGCGACGCGCUGGCAGAAGCUGUCCGGGAAGGUGUCAAGAAUACGCUGCUCGUCAUGGACGGGGCGGGCUAUCUUGGUCGUCAGGAACAGGCUGCUGCUACCCCUCGCAGCCCACAACUCGCGCUCGACGAAAGUGCGGGAGAGGUUCAAAUCUGGCCCGAGACGGUGAGGCGCUUGGAUAGGUUUCUUCCUGGUCUGGUGCAGGAGCUGUUCCCACCCGAACACGAACCCGGACCUGAACAGACGUCUGCUGGUGGUACUCUUACCACUGGUGGUGAAGGCCGCGGCCGUGAAGACGAGAAUCGUAAACCGCCUGCAGGACAGAUGCCGCAACAGCAGCGGGGCAGUACAGGAUCACGACCGCAGACGAGGGAUGGCGAAAAGAGAUGA